AUGGAUGAUCCGUCAUCCAGUUCCUCAUCCUCAGUCACAACAGCAUCAACUCCAACGUCCUUUUCUUCCGUGAGAGCAGGAGACAUCGAGCCUAUUGCAAUCAUUGGUAUGGGACUACGGCUCCCCGCGGGCAUUCGAUCUGGCGAACAGUUCUGGCAAUUCCUCUUAUCUAAGGGUGAGGGGGUAUGCGAGGUUCCGUCUACACGAUACAACAUCGAUUCAUUUUAUGACCCAGAGAAGCCACAAUGUGUGCGAGCGCGGCAAGCCUGCUUUUUUCAGGAGGACCCUGCUUAUUUUGAUGCUGGAUUCUUCUCGAUCAGCAAACAUGAAGCUGCACGGUUGGAUCCACAGCAACGGCUUCUCUUGGAAGUCGUUUGGGAGUGUCUAGAGAAUGCGGGAGUGACUAACUGGCGUGGAAAGGAUAUUGGAUGCUACGUCGGGGUCUUUGGUGAGGACUGGGUUGAACUUGCAUACAGCGACUCGCAGUCCAUCGAUCGAUACCACGUUCUCUCCACCGGCCCGUACGCCCUAGCAAAUCGCAUUUCGUAUGAGUACGACAUUCAAGGUCCAAGUAUGACAAUACAAAGUGGUUGCUCGUCGUCAAUGUUGGCAUUGCAUGAGGCAUGCCAAGGAAUCUUGUCAGGAGAAUGCUCGGGGGCCAUCGUUGCCGGUUGCAAUCUCAUCCUCUCGCCUACCAUGUCAACAACGAUGUCAGAAAACUUAGUCAUCUCACCAGACGGCAAGUCCAAGACAUUUGAUGCAACUGCAGAUGGCUAUGGCCGUGGUGAAGCAAUCAAUGCGAUUUACAUAAAAAGACUGAGUGACGCUAUCGCUGACGGAGACCCUGUCCGCGCUGUUAUCCGUGCAACUGGGACGAAUUCCGACGGAAAAACCCCUGUUAUCACAGCCCCGGGGUUAGUGUCGCAGGAAGCAUUGAUUCGAAAGACAUACGCCAAAGCUGGAAUACCUGAUAUUACCCAGACACCAUUCUUUGAGUGCCAUGGUACGGGGACAUUAGCCGGAGAUAAGUCUGAGGCAUCAGUCCUUGCGAAAGUCUGCCAGGGAAAGCCGACUUUCAUCGGAGCUGUUAAACCCAACGUGGGCCAUUCAGAGGGCGCUUCUGGUAUCACCAGUGUCAUCAAAUCCGUGCUGUCUCUGGAACACAAGAUGAUAGCACCGAACAUUUACUUCAACACGCCGAAUCCACAAAUUCAAUGGAAAGAUUGGAACCUCCGAGUUCCUACAGAUGUAAAACUGUGGCCGGAGAACACCUGCGAGCGAAUUAGUGUAAACUGCUUUGGGAUUGGCGGUGCGAAUGCUCAUGCGGUACUCGACUCCGCUAGUUCAUUUAAUUUGCCACGUACUCAACAGUCAGUUUCCGAUCCUAAAAAUCAUAGUCUCCAAGUUUUGGUUCUCUCUGCACGAAGCAAAACAGCUUUGACAAAACGGGUUGAAGAUAUUGUUCAGUACAGCGCGAACAGACUUUCCAAGAUACAUGACUUGGCCUAUACGUUAGGUGUUCGUCGGGAGCACUUGAACAACCGUGCAUUUGCGAUAUUAGAUACAUGCCAGACGAAACAGCUUUUGCCAGCGAAUUUUAAAUUUCGCAAGGUGCUGGAAUCAACAUUAAUUUUCGCCUUCACAGGACAGGGCGCUCAGUGGCCGGCAAUGGGGAAGAAUUUGAUCGAAACCUUCGACAGUUUUAAAGACGACAUUCGACAUUUGGACAAAGUUCUUCAGAGCUUGGAAUUGAAACCCAAUUGGCUGUUGGAAGACGAGCUUUGUAAGGAUACGGAUAGUUCGCGAAUUUAUGAAGCUGAAAUAUCCCAGCCAGCAACAACUGCAAUCCAGAUUGGGAUUAUCAAUCUCUUAUCCAAAUGGGCGAUCAUCCCUGCGGGUGUUGUCGGCCAUUCCAGUGGAGAGAUAGCAGCUGCGUAUGCUGCUGGUGCACUUACUGAAAGUUCAGCGAUUAUCGUCGCGUACCUUCGUGGCCUAGUUGCCACAGAAAUCCGCAAACCUGGCGCCAUGGCUGCAAUCGCCCUAGAUUGGGAUAACGCAGAGUCAUUUUUAACGGACAAAGUAAGAGUCGCCUGCGAGAACAGCCCUCGGAGUGUCACUAUAUCAGGUGAUGUCGAUGAAGUCGAUGCUGUACUUUCAAAGAUUGAAACAGAUAGGCCCGAUGUUUCGACCAGGAGGCUGAAGGUGAAUACUGCGUAUCACUCUGAACACAUGCGCGAGGUAGGAGAGCGGUAUGAAUCGCUCCUUACACGCUAUCUCCCUAUCACCCAAUCGACUUCUUUCAGCUGCCCCCUGUUCUCAACGGUAACUGGCAAGGAAAUCCUCGAGGUGUCCGAAAUUAAUCCCAGGUACUGGCGCGAGAAUCUGGAAUCCCCAGUCUUAUUCGCAACAGCCGUCCGGGAGCUUCUGAUGAGCGAUGCGUCGAAGGCCCUCAAUCCAGUAUUUGUCGAAAUUGGACCACAUGCUGCACUUGCAGGCCCUCUGAGGGAAAUAUUCAGCCUGCAUUCUGGAACCAUCUCUCCUGUCUAUUUGCCCACGUUGGACCGAAAAUCAAAUGACUUGGCUGCCCAACUUCUGGAAGCCGCAGCGGAGUGCUUUUCACUUGGCAUUAACGUUGACCUUCUGAACCUGAAUGGGCCAGGCCGCAUAUUAACAGACUUGCCAGUAUAUCCAUGGGAUCAUACGGAACGUCACUGGCAAGAAAGCCGUAUCACGAGGGACUGGAAAUUCCGAUCAUUUCCUAAUCAUGAGCUUCUCGGCUCACGGGUGACAGGGUCGACCGAUUUUGAGCCUACGUGGAGAAAUAUGCUCACCCUCGACCGCGUUCCUUGGCUAUAUGAUCACCUUUUGCAAGGCGAAUUGGUCUUCCCCGGUGCCGCUUACGUGUGUAUGGUCGGUGAAGCUGUUCAACAGCUUGUUUCUGGGACCGAUUCGUUCUCCAUUCGUCACAUUGUGUUCAAGUCACCCCUUGUUCUGAAGGAAUUUGAAAAGUUUGAGAUGAUAACCAGCCUUAAACCAGUCAGGCUUAACUCCCUUGCAGAUUCAGAGUGGUUCGAGUUCAGUAUUACUGCCUAUGAUCCUCAAGGUGAGCGCUGGGUAAAACAUUCACAAGGACAAGUCAGAGCCGGGGCCGAUAAUAUGCCCAGCCCAAGGAACAUCACGAGAAGGGAUAGAUCGGUUCCAGCGGAUCAAUGGUACAAUAUGCUGAAUCGAUGGGGCCUGUCUUAUCGAGGUCCAUUUCGAGGACUUGCAGAUAUUUCCGUGGAUACAAGGCAGCAAAUUGCGACCGCCACGGUGAAAGAUCACUGGGAAAGUCAUGCAAGUCGAUACCUCAUUCACCCAGCCGCCAUUGAUUCUUGCUUGCAGCUUUUCUCGGUGGCAACAACGGCCGGGUUAUCCUAUCGGUUCGAUCGAAUAGCGAUUCCCGCGGGGAUUGAGGAAAUAUACGUCAGUCGUGGCAGCGAAAACAUGGCGGUGGAAGUAUUGAGCGACACAAAGGUUUCUCGUACUGCCUUUGGCGAUGCUCUCAUGAUGAAUACUAAUGGGAAUGUUGCUCUGAGCAUGACUAAAGCCGUGAUAGCAAUGCAUGAAGACUCAGGGGACCUCAGGUCCGGGGGCAAGCAGGCAGGAGCUGAGGUCGAGUGGAGGCCGUGGCUUGAAAUGCUCCCACGCAAGCGGAUAUUUCCCAUCGUUACUCUUGAUCAAAGAUUCGCAGAAUCACUGAAAAUACUAACCCAAAUAUGUCAUCUCUAUACGUUGGAGACGGCAGAUCGAAUUGGAGAUCUGGACACAGAUGAUCCUGCCCUCAGGAACUGGAAAACCUGGGUCAUGCGGGAAUGUAACAAAAUAUCCAGCAGAAGCUUAUUGAAUUACAAAGACUCGAUAGAGUGGGCGCUCUUGGACAGCCCUGCCCGGACACAAAUGAUCGAUAAUCUUGCAGCGACGCUGGAUCAUGAGAAUGGGAGCAUUCUCAUUGCUAAGUGCAUGAGACAAAACUUUGACAGCUGCGUCAAUUAUAUGGAUGGUAAAUGUUCCCCUCUAGAAUGUCUGGUCAAGGAUGGCCUGCUCCAAGGACUGUAUGGUGCAGAUCGGUCAUUCAGGCUCUGGGAGAACUUUCUCGGGCUACUGGGACACCAACUUCCAGCUAUGAGAGUGCUUGAGAUCGGUGGUGGAACAGGCGCGGCAACUUCCGCUGUCCUGAACUCCCUACGAUCCUCGGACGGAGUAUCUCAGUUCGCGCGCUAUACAUUCACAGAUAUAUUACCCGAAUUCAUCGUUUCGGCAAAGGAGCGCUUCGCCGGUAUAGACAACAUCGAGUUCAAAAGAUUGGACAUCACCAAAGAUGUGGAAGAACAGGGAUAUGAGCCGUAUAGCUUUGAUCUCAUCAUUGCAUCAAAUGUCAUUCACGCGACACCGAACCUCAAAGAUUCGCUUAAAAGAGUUCGUAAUCUCAUUUCCCCGAACGGAUAUUUUCUACUUCACGAACUUGAUACAGAGCUUCCCUUCGUCCCAUAUAUAUGUGGUGUGCUCUCUGGAUGGUGGGCCGGAAAGGAGGAUGGAAGAGUUGAACACCCCUUUGUCUCUCCAGAUAGAUGGAAUCUUGAGUUGAAGUCAGCUGGAUUCACAGGCAUCGAGUCAGUGGUGCAUGACACAGUGGUACCUUAUCAAAAUUGCGCGUCUAUAAUCAGCAGACCAGCAUCGGAUGAUCUGCCUAAGGAGAAUAUCUACCUCUUGACUGAAGAUUCUGUUCCAGAAUGGGCGAUGGAUUUAGAGUCACAAUUCGCAAAUCUUCAUUUUAGCGUGUCUUGGACCACCCUGCAGCAAGAGCAGACAGCCCCCUCUCCAUCAGAUGCCAUUGUUAUCUCGCUGCUGGACAUGAAUGGCCCAUUUUUAGAUACCAUGAAUGAGGAAGCUUUCCAUCUUCUUCGGAUGUUUCUCAAUGCCUCUGAGAACCGGUUCGUUCUAUGGGUGACGCCAUCCACACAGAUGUCUUGUCCCGACCCACGAUACGCUUUGACGAAUGGACUUUUCCGAGCGCUUCGACAUGAGUCUCCAAUCGACUUAACUGUCUUUGAGAUCGAUUGCUUUGAUUCACUUGCCUCCACUACCUUAGUUGACGUCUGCUGUGAGGUAAAAAAAUCGCGAAAUGCACCUCAUGGUACACUCGAAUGCGAGGUUGCUCUGCAAGCAGGGACUGUUUACAUUCCACGGGUCUAUUGGAGAACUGUAAAUCAGAUAACCCGAUCUCCAGACGUCGCGGAGUGUGCUCGCAAAAUUCACAUAGAAACAUAUGGACUUCUGGACAGCUUACAAUGGGCUCCUUGCGAGCUCGGUAGCCUCGAGGAUGGUUAUGUUGAGAUUGAAGUCCAUUACACCGCCUUGAACUUCAAGGAUGUGAUGACCGCCAUGGGGCUACUGGGAUCUAUCGAAGAGAUUGGCCUUGAAGGCGCUGGCAUUGUGACUCAAGUCGCCUCAGAUGUGAAGGAUAUCGCCAUUGGGGAUCGAGUUGCCUUCGGUGUAUUGGGCGCGCUUCGUUCAACAGUGAAAAUUCACCAACGGCGAUGUAAGAGGAUCCCAGAUGCGUUAUCACUGGAGGAUGCUUCCACAAUGAUCGUGGUUUACUCCACUGUGUUUUAUUCUCUCCUUCAUCUGGCAUCUUUAUGUGAAGGUCAAUCCAUUCUCAUCCAUUCCGCAUGUGGUGGUGUUGGCUUAGCUGCAAUUCAAGUUUGCCGAGAGAUUGGGGCUAUCAUCUACGCAACGGUAGGCUCAAAAGAGAAAGAAGACUAUCUAGUCGAAAACUGGAACAUUCCUCGCAAUCAUAUAUUUACAUCUAGGAAUGCUGGAUUCGUUCCACGAUUGAUGCAAGAGACAGAGGGACGGGGAGUAGACGUGGUUUUAAAUUCCUUAUCCGGAGAUCUGCUUCGUGCUUCUUGGAUGUGCGUAGCGGAGUUUGGAAAAAUGAUCGAACUUGGAAAACGUGAUUUGAUAACUCACGGAAAGCUGGACCUUGCUCCUUUCGUGCUAAACCGAGUCUACUAUGGUCUAGACAUGGUUCAUGUCGGGGAGAAAAGACCAGACGUCCUAGCGAAGAUUCGAGAUGAGUGUUUUGAGUGGUAUAGGCAGGGAAAGAUCACCGCAAUUCGGCCGGUUACUGUUUUCCCAGCGUCCGAUGUUAGUCUUGCCUUCAGACACAUGCAGCAGGGAACCCAUAUGGGUAAAGUCGUUGUGGAUAUGCGAGAGGUAGCCAAGAUUCCCUUGCCAUCACAACUUGGUAUCAAGGAGAUCAGCUUCCUCGGAGAUGCAUCGUACCUACUUGUUGGCGGUCUGGGGAAUCUCGUAUACCUCAGCCCUUCUGCUGGUCAAUCUAAAGAUGAUCAAGAUUUUAUCAAGGAAUUGCAGGCCCAGGACUGCGUGGUGACAACGGUUGCCGGGAGUGUUACCAAUACAGAUGAUGUGGCAACUGCUAUCGCAGCCUGCCUAUUCCCCAUAAAAGGCGUUGUCCAACUUUCAGCAAAGCUCCGGGAUCGUACAUUUGAAAAAAUGCUGUUCGUGGACUGGGUCAUGUCACUUGACAGCAAAGUCAGAGGGACCUGGAAUCUUCACGACGCUCUGAAGUCUACUCCGUUGGACUUCUUUCUGAUGUUCAGCUCCACUUGCAGCAUCACUGGCCAGACGGGGCAGACAAAUUAUGCUGCUGCCAACAGUUUCUUGGACGCUUUUACCGUUUAUCGCCAACAACUUGGCCUCCCUGCUUCUAUAAUCAACCCUGGAGUCGUUGAGCAUCGGGGAAUUGUCAGUCGCGACCCCGAGCUUCUUCGCUAUGUACAAGGACUUUCGAUCUGUUUACUGCAGGACAGGGAGCUGGUUGACGGCAUCCGUCUAGCCAUGGGGUCACGAAAGAGACCAUUCUCACCCCUUGCGAUCGGCUUGUCGCACACAAAGCCGCUGUCUGAAUUGGCCAUGAAAACGCUCUGGGCCCGUGAUGCGCGCUUUGGCAUGUACGCAAAUAUGGAACACGCUAGCCACGAAACCACCGGAUCCAACAACAAGGUGCUUCACGGUUUGAUGACUAGGGUCCAAAAUGACCCUCGUGUUCUUCUAGAUCCUGAAACUGAAAAUGUGAUCCGAGCUGAACUAGGUACCCUUGUCACAACAUAUGUGCCACGAGCAGAAAAUAUGAAUGCAGAGGAAGUUUCACAGAUGACACUAGACUCCUUAAUGUCUGUUGAAGUUAGACGCUGGAUUAAGAGUCACUUGGCCCUGGAAUUGAGUCUGAUUGAAAUCAACAGAGCGGGGACUGUUGGAGAGCUUGCUCGUGUUACACUCGAGCAUUUGAAAGCCAAGUACAACCUUCAUGUGAAUAUUGAUAUUCAGGAAAGUCCUAGCAUUUGCUCUUCAGUUUCUAAGGCAAGCUGA